CUGUCCGGGGAGGCGCAGCUCGCCGCCCAACAACUGCCAGUCAGCAGCCUCCUGGUCUACCAGGACCUCAAGCGUGCCAUCUUGCAGCGGGUCGGUCGAUCUCCGGAGCAAAGCCGCCAGCGGUUCCGUUCCCUAGAGCUGGGGGAGGUCGGCCGACCCUUCGUCUUCGCACAGCAGCUCCGGGACGCCUGCCGCAAAUGGCUGGUGGCCGAGGGCCGCGACGUCGAAGGAGUCAUCGAGCUGGUGGUGCUGGAGCAGUUUAUCACCAAGCUACCCAAGAAAACCGCUCAGUGGGUCCAGUGCCACCGGCCGACGUCGCUGGACCAGGCCAUCACGUUGGCGGAGGACCAGCUGGUGGCGUGCCCAGGGGUCGGCGAGCCCCAACCAUCAUCUUCUCUCUCUCUCUCUCUCUCCCCUCUCCCUCUCCCUCUCGCCCUGUCCCCGCUCCCAGGUCUCGAGGUGGAUUUCCCCCGCGACCAGCACCCCGCUGGAGGUCCGGCCCGAGCACGGAGGCGCCCCGUGCUCCACCUCGGGGAGGAUCCCUGCCCGGGAGCGUUCCGGCGUCCGCUGGCCCCGCGCUCUCCCAACGCCAAUCCCUUGACCCGCUUCCCGCCGCCGGAGUGGCGGGGAGGCCUGGGCCGGCCUGUUGGCGUUGUGGGGACCCGGGGCACUUUAUCGACAGGUGUCCAUUGAUGGAGGUGGACACCUUCAUUCGGGUCCCCUAUGCGCCACAGGCUGCCCCCGAUCAGACUGGGCUGUAUCAGAUACCCACAGACGCGUCGGACAGAGGACUGGGGGCGGUCUUGGCCCAGGAGAUGGAGGGUGAGGAACGGCCGGUGCUGUACAUCAGUCGCAAGCUCUCCAAGAGAGAGACGAUGUACAGCACCAUUGAGAAAGAGGCGUUGGCCAUCAAGUGGGCUGUCCUCACCCUCCGCUAUUAUCUCCUGGGUCGGGAGUUCACCCUGUGUACGGACCACGCUCCCCUGCAAUGGCUCCACCGCAUGAAAGAUGUCAACGCGCGGAUCACUCGUUGGUAUCUAGCUUUACAACCAUUCAAAUUCAGAGUGAUCCACAGGCCGGGUGCACAGAUGGCUGUGGCUGACUUUCUCUCCCGGAGGGGGGGGGGGGGAGGCUGCAGGCCGGACGGCUCCCCGGCCUGA